ACCUUUGUUUUGGAGCCACAGUGUCGGGAGGGGGUAAAAGAAAGAAAGACAGGAAAAGUGGUGGGGUUCCCCCGCCCGUUAAACUCUUUUCGGGUGGUGGGUGGGGCUUCGCGAGGGACGAGGCGUGGCCAAAGCCGAAAGCUGCGGCGGUCAGGGAACAUCAUGGCGCUUAACCCGGCAGGCGACGACGCGGAGUGGGAGCCGCCGUCGGAGGCGGAGCUGAAGGUGAUCCAGGCCCGGCGCGAGCGGCAGGACAAGAUCAGCAAGCUGAUGAGCGACUACCUCCUCAAGGGCUACCGCAUGCUAGGCGACUGCUGCGAGGAGUGCGGGACUAUUUUGCUGCAAGACAAGCAGAAGAAAUUGUACUGUGUCGCCUGCCAAGAACUUAAUUCUGAUGUUGACAAGGACAAUCCAGCCCUGAAUGCUCAAGCUGCUCUGUCCCAAGUGCGCGAACGACAGUUAGCUGCCACUUCGGAGGACGCCACUUCACUUGAGUACCUCUCCUCUCUGCCAACUCCUCGCCACGUGCCACGCCCGGAACACUGUGAAGGGGCAGCCGCAGGACUCCGAGCUUCUGCUGCCGCUCCAGCGCUCCCCGUACCUGUCACGGUUUCUUCCUGUCCGCUGCCCGUUGGCGCCCUAGCUGUAGCAGAGGAAGCCAUACUGCAGAAGAUCAGCUGGGCUGGCCACGAGCUCCAGCAGACCACGUGCAUUGAAACCAGCAUACAGCUCUGCUCACUUAUCCGUUCCUGCACAGAAUCCCUCAAGGGAAUUAAGGAACUGUUGCAGGGAGGCGGCCCUGAUGUGUAGGGGUAUCGCCAGGCCAUGGGAGUACAGCCGUGCAUGUAGCACCAAAGGAUGUUCCCCUUAGAGGCUAGAUCAGGGUCUGAGCCGUUCAAACAAGACUGUUCUUGCUUCUGAUUAAAAAGUGUUGCUUUUUGUCUCA